AUGGAGGACCACCCUGCAGGAGAUGUUGCGAUGGAGGGUGUGUAUGCAGCUCAAAAAGAUUCUGAGACUGAAGUAGCCGACCGAUUGAUGGAGACAAAACUUGUGAUUCCGCGUCUAGGAGCCAAAAAAUCUGGAUUGGGUUUGGAUGGCGUUGGAAAUGUGAAUCUGGAGGCUCCACUGGAAAAAGCCGUUGCAUCUGGAUCGUCGGCUGAUGUUAAGAUGUUGGCGAUUUUCGGUUUGGAUUUCAAAGACGUCGACCAGUACUACGAUAAAAUACUGCUGGCCCAAGAUCCUCGUGGCUGUUUUCGAAGAAUGAAUUCUUUUUUACUCCCUUUUAUAAAAGCACUCAAUGAUGCGAACCUCCAAUUCAACCAGGUCACACCCCUGGAUCACUGUUCGGCACUUGUGACGAGAACGGAAAAAGAUGGAAAAAUCAAUGAGUCUGUUAAGCUUAGGGAGGGCAGGAAUGCGAACAAGGAUAGACCUGGGGUCAUCCUCACGAAAGGCAGUAGAACGAAAGUCUAUGUGUAUCAUAUCGUCGCGCUGGUCACCGCGAUUCGCAAUCCAGGUCCCCGGCUCACUCCAGAUCUACUUCGGUCGGUCUCUCAGGAAAAGUCGGAGAAAAAUGCGCAAACGAUCCUACAUCUCUGUGGUCAUCAUUGGUGCUUAACACCUGGCCAUCUCGCCGUCGGUUCGAAAGUGUUAAAUGAUGAGCAAACAGCUUGUCAUGGAAUUCUGCAAUCAGCCAAAUCCCUCGAAGAGCAUGAUAGUAUUCAAAAAAAUGGGUCAUCAUUGGCAAGCCCGGCGGGGAAAGUUUGGACAGAGAGGAACAAAAUCCAUUGA